GCUACUGCAAAGAUCGUCGUCGCGCGAUUUAAAUAAUUUUGUGUUGUUAAACAUUCAAAAUUAGUGCCGGGGCACCAUGGUGAGCUUUAUACCCGAUCAUCUGGACUCCAAACAUCUGUCGGAUGACGAGGACUACUCAGUAAUGUCCACCAAUACUGAUAAGUCGCGAGCGCUCGCAAACGAUCCAAAUGCUCCGAUACGUCGCUAUCGUACAGCUUUCACCCGCGAACAGAUCGGUCGCCUGGAAAAGGAGUUCCUCCGUGAAAACUACGUGUCUCGACCCCGGCGAUGCGAACUGGCCGCCAGCUUGAAUUUACCGGAAAGCACUAUAAAGGUAUGGUUUCAAAAUCGCCGCAUGAAAGACAAACGGCAGAAAACGUCGAUGAUUUGGCCCUAUCCCGACCCCCAUUUUGCCGCGGCCUACAUGUACAGCCUGGCCUCCUCCAACAACCCCUUCCACCGCUACACGGCCGCCGCUCCCAACCCGGCAGCGGCACCCUUUUUCUACGGCAUGUACGGAAACUAUCGACCGGCACUGCCCUAUCCCAUUCUCCCCGGGACACGCUCCCCCGAACAGUCCCCUCUGUACAAACCUGGGCAUGAGGUUAGUGCCGCACUGCCCUCCUUCCCUUUUUCCCAGCACGGAAGUGUCCCGUUUCCUCUGAAGAGUUUGAGUAAAGAGAAAACCCCGGAGGACAAUCCACAUCGUACCCCGCUGUUCCAGGCGUUGUUGACGCCCCCGAGUCGCAGCACGUAAGGACAGUACCCGGUGACCUUUGGCAGAUAUGCUGAGCAUUAUGUGCGAAAAGUA